GAUUAGGGAGAAAAUUAUUAGCGAGAAAAACUUUGUAAAAUAAAAACUUUAAUUUGUUGCCUAGUGUAGGAAUUCCCUGAUGCACUUAACAAUUAACGGGUUUACCCGAUCAUUUUUCCCCUCACUCAAUAUCACCCAAAAUCACUUUUGCAUUGACAUUGAAACAGAAUAGACGUGUGACACAGUGAGCAAAGAAAAAUCUCCCAAAUUUGUAAAUUUAUUGUAAUUAAAGUUAUUUUAUUAAAGUUAAAUUGUUGUUAAGUGAAGCUCGAGUUUGCCUACAUUCCACGCAUUACAGUCCACCGUGGAAAAUCCCAUCUCCAGCAUCAGCCGGAACUUUCUUCUGUGCAGCAAGGAAUUCAAAAUUUUGGUUCCUUGCGUGCCGGACGAUUAAUUCCUGGCCUGUGUAAUUACAGGUACGUUGUGUACUCUACAUUUUGGUCAAUCGAGCCUCUGAAAGAGGGACCCGGCGAAGUUCCAUCUCCAUUCUACCGUUCCAAGCACCGCUUCAACUGUGAACGAUGAGCGAGAUGCAGAAGAGAAACGAUGUGGUGGCCUUGGUGAGCAGCGCUGAGAAUUAUGUGAAGACACUGGAUGAAGCUCACCCGGAAAAUUUGGAUCGCCACGUGCUACGUACCCAGCACAACAUCGUGUCAGCGAUGCGCAUCAAAUUCUGCACCAUCCAGGAGGAAAUCAUCAAGAAUCAGCCUACUGAUGUGACGAGGGAUGCAGAGGUAGUCAACAAAUCACUGUUCCUCAAAAAAUGUGAUGCCAUCCUCACGAAACUUUCCACGCUGAUGAAUGGUAUGCCAGUUGAUCCCAAUGAGCUGCCAGAUCCUACUCCAGGGCCAUCGACAUCCACAUCUGAGACCGCGGAGUUCUGCAAGGUGAUGCAGCAAUUCAUGAGGCAAAGUCAGGCUCAAAUGCAGGACCUUAUGGAGAUUCUCAUCACACAAGCAAGUACAAAUCAAACUCACAAUGUAAAUCCCUCAAUGGUCAGGCUCCCACAAAUAGAUCUCCCUAAAUUUGAUGGUAGAUAUGCAGAUUGGGUAUCAUUUAAAGAUAGAUUUAAGUCCACAGUAAUUGAUCACCCAAACCUUACCUCGGUGCAGAAAUUAGAUUACUUGAAAAGUUCCCUAUCAGGCGAUGCCUCCUCCACAAUUAGGCAUUUGAGUACAACUGAGGCAAAUUUUGAGGUAGCGUGGAGAUUGCUAGUUGAGCGUUUUGAAAGAAAUAGUGAAAUAGUCUCAGAGCAUGUCCGUACAUUCUUCAGUAUACCUCACGUAUCCCAAUCCGAACCAUCCACGGCGAUCCGCACAAUUGCCAACACCCUGUCGGAGACUGUGAUGGCCCUCGACGCACUCAAUGUCACUCAACGAGAUCCUUGGAUUAUCCAGUACGCCCUCGACAAGCUAGACACGGAAUCUCGCGUACUGUGGGGGAGAGAAAAUGGAAAUGAAAUGCCUACGUUGGAGAAGUUCCGGAAGUUUUUGCACCAGAGAUGUAUUGAUGCCAUUAAUGCCACUGAUGUCACACCAAAACCGUCUCAAAACUUACGCCAGCCGGUUAUGAAGCCAAAUCCAUCCAGUGCUUCCGGCUUCAAACGUCAAAUUAAUCAAACCAAUGCCUUUCCGGCCACGUCCGACAAUGCAGCUUGCAAAUGCUGCCAUGAAGUUGGCCACCCUUUGUAUCGAUGUCAAAAGUUUUUGGACCUAACCUCAAUUCAAAGGUACGAAACCGUUCGAGAGUUAAACUUGUGUAGAAAUUGUUUGGCAUCCCAUCUCACCAAUUCCUGCACCUUCCACAAGUGCAGACGUUGCCAAGGAAAGCACAACAUCCUGUUGCACGAAUAUUUUGCCCAAAUUCCGCCACAAACGGAUCCGGAACCCACCAACUCACCCACGCCGACUGUUGAAGCAGAUAGCCCUCCGUCUGCCCACCUGAACACGCUAGUUGCCUCCGCCACCUCCCGGAAUACUUCCUCCAGGGUCUACCUGGCGACAGCAGUGAUCAAUAUCCUCGCAGCAGAUGGAUCCAAAGUGUCAUGUAGAGUUCUCCUAGACAGUGGGGCUCAGGUAUGUCUCAUGACCUCCCGACUUGCCCAACAGUUAGGCCUUCCGACAGCCCCUUCGGACACUCGAGUAUAUGGUGUUGGUAAAAAUGCUGCUCAGAGUACACAUCAGGUGUCAGCAACCAUUGAAUCCCGUCUCUCUGGAGAAUCUUUUAACGUCAAUUGCCUCAUUUUACCGCAAAUUAGUGGAAACAUACCCAAUUGGACUACGGAUCACAAGGCCAUUAGAAUUCCGGUGGGCGUGAAAAUGGCAGAUCCGCGCUGGGCGGAACAAUCACCAGUGGAUAUGCUCAUCUGUGGGGAUGUGUAUUGGUCGACAGUCUUGAAUCAUCGCAUAUCUUUGGGGACAGGAUUACCACACUUGAGAGAAACUAAAUUUGGAUAUGCGCUAGUGGGAGAACAUCAAUCAAAUUCAUCAGAUGUGCGCCAUGUUCAUCUCAGCCAGGUAGACCAUCCACAGCCUCCAGCCCACACAAAGGAUUUGUCGGGAAAUGGGCUCCCGCACCCGGGGAGCGUUGCUCCAAAUUCUUCACCACCCUUGCCCUGCCAAGGUGAUUUAUGGUUGAAGGAACAUUAUGUGGACAUUUCUCAACCUCCGGGCAUGGCUCAAUCCAAUUCUUCUGAGGAAAAUGCAAAAGAAUCUGGACAUUGUGCAGCACUGAGCCCAGUUAAGAAGAAGAAGAAACCGCCGUACAGAGUCUCCGUAGAAAUUCCGGGCUCCGUGAAACCAUCAGGAGAUUGCAAAACACCUACAGCACUUGGACUGCGUUGUUACUCAAAGGGCUCACCAGGGAAAUCCGGGGAGCGAAGACCAACAAGUUUCGGAGCAGCAACUUCGUCCAGCAACCUUGGUGAGUGAUGGUUCGGAAGGGAAAAAUAGUUUAGUAGAACAUAGAAUAUAAAUAGCAAUAGAAUGGGCCCAUAGAAAUAAGUUUGUAAAUUUAUAGAAAAAAUAUCCUUUAGUUGAGAUUUUAUGUUAACUUUAUGUUGUAGAAUGAAAUUCCAUAACUCUUUAAGAGUUCUGCCGGGGAGCAUGUUGGUGAUUGACACCAAGAGAUUAGGGAGAAAAUUAUUAGCGAGAAAAACUUUGUAAAAUAAAAACUUUAAUUUGUUGCCUAGUGUAGGAAUUCCCUGAUGCACUUAACAAUUAACGGGUUUACCCGAUCAUUUUUCCCCUCACUCAAUAUCACCCAAAAUCACUUUUGCAUUGACAUUGAAACAGAAUAGACGUGUGACACAGUGAGCAAAGAAAAAUCUCCCAAAUUUGUAAAUUUAUUGUAAUUAAAGUUAUUUUAUUAAAGUUAAAUUGUUGUUAAGUGAA